UGCCCCUCUGAUACUGCCUGGCCUGCUAUGUUCCUCCAGCUCUGCACUAUAUCGUCCCUGACUCCAGCAUCUGCAAUUCUUGCUAUCUCCUUAUGUGAAAGCCUGUUUGGACCCUAGCUGGAGUACGGAGAGCACGUCUGGAUAUCCAGCACACCUUCGAAAGGAUUUAUUGGCUUUGAACGGAGUGCAACGUGGGUUUACAAGAAUGGCACCUGGACACCUACGCCAAAGGGAGAGAUUACACAAAUGAGGCCUGUUUUCUCUAGAAUUCAGAAAUGUAAGGAUGGCGAGUGCUACGUUGAACCUCAGGGGGAGAAGAGGCGCCCCGGUUCCCCGGUCUACACCAAUCUGAAGGAGCUGAAGGUGACCGUGCGGUCCCCCCCAAGCCCCACCGCUCCGCCGGUGCAGAUCCUGGACUUGUGGGAGAGGCACAUCUGCCCUGACACUGGGCGUAACUUCUACCUGAAUUCUGUCACCAAGGAACGCACCUGGAAACCACCGAGACGGACUCGCAACCGGGUCCAGUCCAGG